AGUCUAUUGGUGCACCCCUGUCCAUCAUUCUGUCUAAACAUUCUUGAAAGAAACAGAAUGAGAUGUUGCUCAGCUGCCGGUGUUUGUGGGUCCGUUGAGAAAAUAAGUUUACAGAAAGGUCAUCACAUUCACGAAAGAGCAUCGAUAGCAACUCAAGUGCAGCAGCAUGAUGUCACGCUUUUAAGAAGGGAGGAAUCGCUUCCCUUUUCUGCUACUACUGGCCAGGCAACAUGAUGACCUGUGGGAUCAGAUGGACUUAAAUCGGCACGCCCUCAAUGUUAUUCUUCUUUACCCCUGUGCAUUGCUCAGACCCAGACACGGAUAAUGUUACACAAUCCUCCAUCCAUCAAAAGACACGGGCAUUGUGUUUGGAACAACUAUAAUCCACCUAGUAACCGCAAUAAUGUUUUAUAAAUAACCCAGAGUCCCUGCAGGGUUGUUUGUGUGCAUGUCUCUGUACAAGAGCGAGACUCUGUAGGGUCAGAGAUGGAAGACACCGGUUGAUGCGAUUGUGGAAAAUAGGACUAUUGGCUGUUUAGUUGGUGACUGACAUCAGUCUGGGUGAAUGUGAAACAUGGGCGGGCCGCUAUGGAGGGUGGGGAGGGGGUGUACUUUAGGAGCGGUUCCUUCCCCCCGGCGACCGAAGAGAGCUGGACAACAGCAAGAAGCAAGAAGAUCAGCUGCUGAUAGAUGCUCCGGAGCAGAAGGGCCACAACCGCAUUUUCAGUAAGAGGACAAGCUAUUAAAGAUCAAGUACCACUGGAACACAAAAGAUCAUCUGCUCUCUCCUCUUCCUGCUCAUAGUAAGAUUGCUGCCAGAAGAAGAAAGCUCCUAGGUCCGGUGCCCCAGCUCUAUAAAAUACAGCCAACAUCUGCAUCCUUCGCACUUGUGUCCGUCUUCCCUCCCCUCCUCCUCUUCCCGAGCGUGAGGCCAACAUGGACCGCUCGGUACAGGAGCUGCUCCUCAACUUCGUGAUCGUCUUAAUCACCGUGCUGCUGAUGUGGCUGCUGGUGAGAGCUUACCAGGACUAAACCAUGGAGCAACAAGAGACGAGAGGACUGAGAGGAAGAGGAGACAGAGAGAUGAUUGCUGUAGCCAGUGAUUACUCUUCAACAUCUUUUCAUUCUUUUUGUUUUGACCUGUUCAGAGCUGUUUAAUAGCGGUAUGAGGUCUUAAAUCAUGUGAUCGCUGCAGACAGAUUGUCAAUUGCAACAGUCUUGAAUCAUAAUUUUCAUUUAGAUGUUUUCGGGAGGUGGCAUUGAAUCUUUGGAAGGACCCAAACGGGAAAGAGACAGAAGAGACUAACAAUCAACAGGGCUUUCACAGCGACAGCUAUUAGACGCGGUAAUGUCACAUAAACAGCAUCCCAUAUGUCAUUCGUGGGGAGUUGAUACAAUCAGACAUGCUCCCGGGACUAAUCUUUGGUUUUCACUGAAGGGAUUAAUGUAUCUAUGCAGCUACUAUAUUACUCAAAGAAGAAGACAUCGACACAAAUAAUUAAGCGUCAUGUUCAUUUUCUUUCAUUAAACAGUCUUUCGUUUGUUGGA